AUUUGUGCGGUGUCGGAAAUAAGUCUGUUGUUUGUAAUGCAUUGAUAUUUUCCUCAGUUAACGCAACGCGGAAUGAAACCAAGAGGCAUGCAAAUAUUUUUUUGCUGCAGGGCUUCACUUUAUCCUUGGGCAUGGAUUUCGAAUUGGAAUGUCCAAAUGACGUCUAAUUUAUUCUUUCAGCCUAGAUAGAGUAGAGCAAAGUGCGUGGCUAGCAACUAGGAUAGCUUCUGUCUAUCCAGCUAACUUAAUUACUGUACUUAAAAAAAAAAUAUAUAGAUAGUCUGAUACCGUUAUCUAGCUAACGUUAACUUUUUCCCCAGUUUAGUCGGUAUUUGCAACUUGUCUGUGUCGAUGCCUCUCGACAGUCUUAAACAUUCUGCUAUUCUUUCAACUUUGUUUAAAAUGGCAGACGACAUAGAAUUGAUAGGAGCUUCUGAAUUUAUAAAAGAUCGAUUAUAUUUUGCUACCCUAAGAAGCAAACCAAAAAGCACUGCAAACACGCACUACUUCUGCACGGAUGACGAAUUUAUCUAUGAAAACUUCUAUGCAGAUUUUGGACCCCUCCACCUAGCCAUUCUGUAUAGAUACUGUUGUAAACUCAACAAAAAGCUGAAGUCCUUCACACUGACCAGAAAGCGAAUCGUACACUACACCAGCUUUGACCAGCGGAAAAGGGCCAACGCUGCUGUUUUAAUCGGUGCCUAUGCUGUCAUCUACCUGAAGAAGACUCCAGAGGAGGCCUACAGGGCUCUGAUCUCAGGCUCCAAUUCUUCAUAUCUUCCCUUCAGAGACGCCUCAUUUGGAAACUGCACAUACAACCUGACUAUUCUCGACUGCUUGCAAGGAAUCCGGAAGGCCCUGCAGCAUGGAUUCUUUGACUUUGAGACAUUUGAUGUGGACGAAUACGAGCACUACGAGCGAGUGGAAAAUGGAGACUUCAACUGGAUCGUGCCUGGGAAAUUUCUGGCCUUCAGUGGACCCCAUCCCAAAAGUAAAAUAGAAAAUGGCUACCCUCUUCACGCUCCAGAAGCAUACUUCCCCUACUUCCGACAGCACAACGUUACCUCGGUCGUCCGGCUCAACAAGAAGAUCUACGAUGCCCAGCGCUUCACGGAUGCCGGCUUCGACCACUACGACCUGUUCUUUGUAGACGGCAGCACGCCAAGCGACGUCAUCACCCGCCGCUUCCUUCACAUCUGCGAGAGCACCGACGGAGCCGUGGCCGUCCACUGCAAAGCUGGCCUUGGGCGUACAGGCACUCUCAUAGGCUGUUACCUGAUGAAGCACUACCGCUUUACAGCAGCAGAGACCAUCGCCUGGAUCAGGGUCUGCCGACCAGGCUCCGUCAUCGGCCCUCAGCAGCACUUCCUGGAGGAGAGGCAAGCAGCCAUGUGGAUGCAAGGAGACGUGCAGCGUUCGCAGCAGAAGCAGCCGAGGGGCGUGUCUCGCCUCACCUCCAGCAUGGACGACCUCACCCUCAACCCCACCCACACCACCAUCACCACCAGCCCUGCUGGCAUCCUCAAGUCCCACAGCAUCGACCGCCUCCAAGAGAACGACUACAUUGGAGAGAACGGGCUCUGCAUGACCCAAGGAGAUAAACUGCGUGCCUUAAAGGGCCGGCGCCAGCCCAGGUUGGCCACAACGGGAGCCCUAAGGCUUGAAGACAUGAAAAUGCACACCAGGUCACCGUCCCAACCUUUGAGCAGGAUGAACCUCGGAGUGGGCACUCAGGGCACCAUCUCCCCUCUCAAGUCCUCCAAAGUCCCAUCAUCCUCUACUUCGGCCAGCGCCAAGAGAAUCGGCAGCAGCUCCUCCUCCUCGGCGUCCAACCUCAAGAGCUCCUCCAUCAACUCCAGGCUAGCCAGCUCCCUAGGCAACCUGUAUGCAGCCAACGGCGGUGAGGACAAUAAGAAGCCGCCUUUCGCUCCCACUUCAUCACCACCCUCCUCUCCCCCCUCGUCCAUUGUCACCAUCACUCCAUCGGGCCGGACGGCUCCUGGUCCCCGCUACGUGGCUAACGGCACGCGUGGCACCAUUUACCAUCACCACGAGGCCAACAACAAUCAGUAUAAUUCCUCCCCCGCCGGGAUCUUCAGCCACGGUGGCCUCGCGGGGGCCCCACACAACGCUGCAGGCAGGUUGGGGCCCGGGCCUGAGGAGUAUGGCCCCUACAGAUCCCAAAAAGGGGGCUACUCCGGCCUGAGCGGAUCCUCUGGCCGCUACCUCAGUCGCUCAAUCCCCUCCCUUCAAUCUGAAUAUGUUCAAUACUAAAGCGGUGGUUCUGCGUUGACCAAGACCGGACAGACACCUUGACACUGAACCUCUGACCUGGAUGGGAUGGAGUCUCCCACCCCCUUUUUUUCUCUCUCAAUAUCUCCCCCACUCUCUCCCACAUACUGAAAGGAAAAUGAAUAAACCUUGGCAUCUGAAUGGGUGUGGUCUUUGAAGACAGGCACAUCGACAGCCACAAACUCCCAAGGGCUCAUGGAACUUUGAGUUUUGGGCUUCUUCUGUCAGCCUCAGGCGGCCUCGAUCCACCCUAACUGCAGUCACUGUUUGGAUAAUGCUUACAAAGGGCGAUUUGUUUACCCAGCUUUUUUUUCUUUUUUUUUCUGGUGAGCUAUGAUUAGGCUUGGCCAGGCUGUGACUGUGAGUGCUCUUUCUUUAAAGCUGAGAUCUGGCCAUAUAGACUUUCCUGCAUCACAUAUCUCUGUUUUAUUUUAUAUGUUUAUGUGCUAAUACUGUGUACACAUGACUUCUACUGGGGGGGGGGAAUUAUUAUAAUUUUUUUAGAUGAGAAAAGAUUUUAUACAUGAAAUAUGACAAUUUUGUUGCCUGGAUAAAGAAAUGUUUAUUUAGAAGUGGUUUGGGUUAUGACAAUUCUAUUUUUGUCUCUGAGUGUAACUACUUCACUAACAAUAUAUCUAGAUCAAAAUAUGUGAGAUUAAAGGAGAGGCGGCGUACGGUAUUUUGCGAGCCGUGUUCCUUAUCAACAAAGUAUUUACAGGACCAGGCUCAGGGUAAAGUGCUCUACUAUUUACGAUUGUGUUUUGUGCGUGCGCGAGGGUGUACGUCCGCGUGUAGUAGCAUGUACGUACCCAUAGACUAUGAGAAUAUGCACGUAUGUGAGCGAGUGUUUUGCACGUGUGCAUGAAAGAGAUUGAGUGGUGACCGUGUGUGUAGGGGGUUGUCUAGAGAUCAUGUGUGCAGUCCUCUGGUGAUGGGCUCUAGAGAAGAGAUGUGAAUGGAAGAUAAUUACAUAUAGGGAAGAAAUGAAUGCUGUCUCUUCACUAUUCUAAAAGUAAUUUUUUGUUUGUUUUUGAUUAAGUCAAUUCAAUCGACUGGGGGGUUUUGGUACCCCCUUUUCAAUUGGAACGAAUUAAUAAUGUUCUCCUCGGUCGCAAGCCUACAGGAGAUUUGCAUAUCAAUGGGACAACUAUAGGAUAAAUACUAAAGUCAUACCUGCAACCAGCGUUGUGUAGGCCUUGUGACUGUAUGUUUAGCAUGACGAACCAAACGGCUGAUUCCAACCGUGGUCAUUACUAGAGGACAUUUACAUUUACAUUUAAGUCAUUUAGCAGACGCUCUUAUCCAGAGCGACUUACAAAUUGGAAAGUUCAUACAUAUUCAUCCUGGUCCCCCCGUGGGGAAUGAACCCACAACCCUGGCGUUGCAAGCGCCAUGCUCUACCAACUGAGCCACACGGGACUGACACCACCCACAACACAAGUCUCAGUCCCUACAGUAUACUGUUCAUGCCAGGCAGCUCAGAAACCCUCUCCACAGACACAGGAUCCCACUGCAAUCAUGCUCUUUUAAUGGGAACAUUUUUGAUUUUAAUGAGCAGAUUUUCAGUGUUAUUCAACCCACAUUGACUCGCUGUAGUUUACGAAACUUGAUUUCGUGGCAGCCUAUUUUAAACACACACACACACACACCCUACUGUAGAACCAAUUAUGUUAGUUGUUUUAUAAUUAAGGCGCAGUGGAAGUUCAACGCUAUUACUGAAAUAUUUCCAUGUUGUGUUUGUGUUGAAUGUAAAAACAAGUCAGAAACUGUUUUUCCUGGCUUGUGUCUAUUAUAAUUAGUCCAGCUUGUAGAUGGAGAGAACUUUUCAGCUUUGCAGGUAGAGGUUCCUUAAAAAAAAAAUGAAAAGCACAACUGUCCCCCAAAAAAUGCUCUCUUUAGAAUGUCAUGCUGGAUGUCAUUGGGUGCACAAUGCAGCGGUCAUUAUCAAAGCUGGUUUUCUACCAAUGAGUAUGGCCUACUAUGGCCCAACUAAGUACAUUUUCUGUUGGACCUUGUAACAAUGGAUCCAUAUAUUUGGAUGCUUCUUAUUUUUUUAUUUUAUGUAGUUGAAUAUUGAAGUUGAUUUGGGGAAGAAGAAAAAAAUGGGUACAGAAGCGUCUGUUUAUCACUGAUUUUAUUAUUUUUGUUAUUAUUCUAGACCUCUGUACAUUCCUGGCAGUGAAAUUAUUUUGUUUCAAAAUGGGAGAAUCUUAAUGCAGGUAUUCUACCUCCAUGAAAUGUAAAAUUUUAAUAGCAGAAAAGUUCUUACCUGCAUAUAUUUUUUCAAGCAGUAUGUAAAGAAAAUGUUAUAACUGUAGAUCAGUAUUUUUCAUACAGUAAGCAUACUAAAAUGCAAAUGUGUCUACUGUAUGUACACAGAGCAAAAAUAUAAACGCAACAUUUUAAAAGAUUUUACUGAGUUAAUUUAAGGAAAUCAGUCAAUUGAAAUAAUUGCAUUAGGCCCUAAUCUAUGGAUUUCACGUGACUGGGAAUACAGAUAUGCAUCUGUUGGCCACAGAUACUGUACUUUAAAAAAAUAGGUAGUGCCGUGGACCAGAAAAACAAGUCAGUAUCUGGUGUGACCACCAUUUGCCUCAUGCAGCACGACACAUCUCCUUCGCAUGGAGUUGAUCAGGC